AGAAUGUGGUCACAGCAGAGACACCUCAUUCCCAAGAAUGGCAGCCCUACUGACGGACACGAACAACUGUGUGCUUUUUAAAUGUAUCAAGACUUAUUUAGUGAGUAGCAAUCAUCAGAAGGGAAAAGAGUAGUGUUGGAAACCAUCUGUAAUGGACAGUAUAAAGUUGAUAGCACCUCGAUUGUCACUUCAAAGCCACGUACUGCAUGUGAUCGUCUGAAGCUCAAACUCAUGAUGGUGGAUGGCUGAUUUCCAAGCCGUCCACGUGAAGGGAGUCCGCGCCGCCGCCGCCUCCGCUGCUUCUGAGACGAGUGACCCGUGAAGCACCGCAGGGCCAUGUUGUCAGUUACUGAUGGUGACACAGAAACUGGUCUUGGCGAUGUCUGAAGUGUACGUAGCUGGACCAGACAGCCAUCGACGCCAGGGAACGAUGGAUGGAGUCCCUUGCACACCCUGGAGGAACUUACGAGUCUGUGAGGUGAUAGAUGCAAGUACAGUCUGGGUGCGAGAGGUCCCCUCCCAAACUUGUUCAGAAGAGUUGCUCCAGUUUUUGGAAAUGGAAAAAAGCAUGAAUCAUCACUUCAGUAGUAAUAAUUCUUCUCAAUAUACUACUGAUCAUGCAUCCUUUGUCAAAGUUGGAAAUCCAAUUGUGGUGUGCUACAAUGGCUGCUGGACACGUGGAAAAAUAGAAGAACUACCCAAAUCAAGUAUGGAGAAGACAGGUGUUUUUCUCCUUGACUAUGGCAUAAGCAUUGCUGCUGAAGCGCAGACCAUCAUCCCCCUCACUGAUGUCAAGUGGGCAAGUGUUCCCUACCAAGCAAGAAAGAUUUGCUUGUUUGGGGUGACACCAGUCUCUCUUCAGUACAGUUUUGUAAAUCAAAACGUGAAGUUAGUAUUAAAACACUCAAAGCAUUGGGAUCCAUCAGCAACAGAGUAUGUUCGAUUACUUUCAAGCAAAACUCCUCAGGGGGAAUUCACACCAGUAUUCUUCAGUCAGAAAGGUUGUCUUUAUGGAAAGCUGCUGCUGAUCCUUCCUAAAGAAUCAUGGUCUUCCAUUAUACCUGAAUCCUCCAAAAGUCAUUGGGUCCAACGAGAAGACAACCAGAUGGCAAUAGACCUUGCACAGCUCCUUGUAGAUUGUGAAUUUGCAGAACUAUGGAAGGAUGAAAGGAACAGCAGGUCAUCCUUUGAUUCAGAUCACACAUAUCUCAGCAAGGGACAGUUUAGUGGCUAUUCCUUACCUUCACAAAACUCUGAAACUUCAGGUGACACCUUAAAUCAAAAAUAUAUGAGGGAACCAUCAAGAGAAACUAUAAAUGAACUCUCUUCUACUUCAUAUGAAGAUGAUGAGGUUGGUGUGGUAGUAAGUGAUGAGACACCAACCAAUCUGUCCAGAAAAUUAAGACCUCCCACUACAAAGGAAACUACACAUUCUAAUGUCUACCUGAAAGCAGAUACUAAAAAACAAGCUGAAAAUGGUUGCAUUGGAAGAAGUCAGAAGAAAACCAUUGAGUUGGAAUCCAUCUCAAGUGAUAUGAGUAGUAGUAAUGAAAAUUUAAACUUAAGAUUAACUAAUAAGUGUGGCAACUUAUCAUCCAGUGGUGUAACAUGUCCAUUGUUAAAGGGACUCUCUACUGAACAUCUGGGUCUUUCCAGAAAUAUAUUUUCACCAUUUCUGUUGAAACAAAAAUAUCAUUUGGAUUUCUCCCAAUGUGAAGGGAAUAUAAAGAUGCCUGAGGAUGAAUCUAUAAAGCAUAAGGAAGUGAAUCAGAAUGAGGGUAGAAGCAAAUUGGUGGAUGAACUCUCCAAAGACAUGCAAAAAGGUUAUAUCUCUGAAAAAAAUGAAGAAAACAACAUCAUGGAUACAGAAAAAUCAUUUAACCCUAUGGCUGAAGAUUAUAUUACCUCAAGAGAUAAGAAUGAAUCUACUGAGAAAUCUAAUUUGACUAACAUCCCUCAAUGGGUGUGCACAAGCUUAGUUGGAGCUGUGUGUGACCCUGAACCUGCAGUACCAAGAAGUUACAGUCUUAAAGAUAUUAAUUUGCCUGAAAGAAAGAAUGUUGAACUAAAUGAAGGAAACAAGGUAUCUACCAACACUGAUAUUGCAGAUAGCAUUAAAAACUUGAGACAGAAGAAACAAAUGCUAGCAACUACCAAGGAAAAGGGAGAGAUUAAAAAUCCUGAAUAUUACAAUACAUCAAUGAGCACAGACAAAAUGUGUCAUAUAUCAAACAAACAAGAAUUUAGAGAAGUGUUGACAAAGCAUCAUACAACCACAAUGAAACAAUACUCACUUAGCAUUUCAAAGACUGUCAGAACAUACAGAGUGUUUAUGGCAGGUGGACAUCGUAUUUUAGAUGAAGAAGUAGUGAUUAACAAAGAUGUUUUGCAUACUACACUCAAUUCUCACAUUGCAAAGGUUCUGUGCAAGAAGGGGAUGAGUGCCACUCGAGUGCAAGCAUAUUCAUGGCCAGCUCUCGUUCGAGGAUGCUCAGCAAUCAUUGUUGGUGAGAAGUCAUGUGGAAAGACCUUAGGCUAUGUUGUACCAUUGUUGUCAACACUCUUAGACACUCAUCGACACAUGAGUCACCGGCUUCCUCCAGGAAUUGGUCCAUUGAUGGUGAUAGUUUUUAGCACAUGGCAGAGUGCUAGAUGUGUUGCAGAUCAUAUUGACAGCCUUCUGCCUGCUAACACAACUUUAAAAACAGUAACAGCCUGGGGUGGAUGUGGAGCUGAAGAAGAGAUUAGAACAGAGAAACAGCUCCUUGGUGGCUGUGAUAUAUUGCUGACUACAGCCUCAUAUUUUAUUCGCCUUCUGACUGGGAACUCCACAUCACAAGCUGGAGACACCAAGGGGGCCAUCACCACUCUCUCAAGAUGUUGCCACUUAGUUAUUGAUGAAGCUGAUAUAGUACUGGGGAACUUCUUGUCUGAAGUUAAACAAAUAAUAACUAUGUGGGGAGAAGAAAGGAAAAAAUGUGCUAGAUUAGAUUUGGAUCUCCAAGCUGUGCUGGUGAGCUCUAAGUGGACAAAAUCACUUAGCCAAUUAACCCACAUUUUGCUCCCUCUUCUGGAUCCAACAAUCAUAAUUUCAUCACCAUUUGAAGCGGCCAUUGCUUCUAAAGUGGAUAGUCACAUCCACUAUGUCAAUGAUGAGACAGAAACUUAUGGCAUGGUGAUAGACCUCAUUGCAUCCUCUUAUUCCCAGAAGAAGAAUAUGGUUUUUGUAAAGAGUGAUAGUGAUGCUGAUAUGUUGGGUUCAUUGAUGAAAAGUGUUGCCAUAUACUGUAUAGUUACUAAAAGUACUGUCUGUACUGACAAACUGCAGCAGUUAGUUCAUGAAUGGCAUUUGAUGCAGGGAGUAACCAUGAUUGUGAGUGAGGAAUCAGAGGCAUCCCUUCUGUGCUAUGACCUCUCUAAUGCACAGACUAUAUUCCACACCCACUUUGGCUCCUCUUGGACAACCUUCUCUCAUAGGUAUGGCUUUAUGGUUGACAACUUUGUCACUAAUGUAGAGAAAAAAUCUGUCAGUUGUGAAUCAUAUAUAAUUGUGCCUCAAUUUUCACUUGCAAAUAUUCCCAAAGUUUGGAAUGAAUUAAGCAGAAUUUGUGGAAUUGCUGCAGAGGAAUUAAAAGUUAAUUUAUUAUCAACACAUGUUGGACUGCCAGAGGACACUGCCAUAUGUUAUUACCUCAAAGCCUUUGGGAGUUGUUUUGAAGAAUAUUCCUGCAAAUGUAGACAUGAAUUCCACUUUUCUGACAUUAGUCAUAAUCUACCAAAAGCUGGUAAAGUCAAAUUUGAGGUCAUGAAGGUGCUGAAUGCCACACAGUAUUUGGUACGUCUUACUGAGUACAAAGAAAAAUCAGAUGGACAGAUCAUUGACCUGUCAAAUCACUAUCACAUUAUGAAGUCUGCUUUACAUCAGCAUUACGCAGACACUUCCCACCAUCAACCCCUUUCAUAUGUGGAAAAAGGAACACUGUGUGCUGUUAAAGACUCCGGCCAUUGGAGCAGAGCCAAGGUUGUUUCAGUUGAUUACUCCAAGGUCACAACUCUCUUAGAAGUUUUUCUUAUUGAUGAGGGGAAAAACAUUACUCUUAACAUGAGUUCUGCUCUGUUUCUUCCACUGCACUUGGCAAAAGUUCCACAGCUGAUAGUUGAGGUAUUCCUGUGUUGUAUUCAGCCUUUGGAUCAAAAUAGACAGUGGACUCCUCAAGCUACUAACUCUAUAUGUGAAGUCUUUUCUAAAGAUAAGAAGAGCAGGUUUGUUGGACUGAUUGCCUUAGUUUUGGAGCACACCAUGUGGCUGAAUCCUGUUCUUGAGUUCUCCAAAAUAGGAAAGAAAUACAUACAGAAAAAAUCAUUGAGAGGUAAGCUUUUGUCUGAAAGAUUUGGGAUGGACAACCCUAAUCAUGUGAGAAAUCUUGAGGAUCUUUGUUCCCUGGCUAAUUUACCAUCCAGGCAUGAGAAUGUACUCAGCCAGGGCUGGAUAGAAGCUCUUAAUGAAUCACUCCAAGAGAUGCAGAUUGCUGGAGAUACUGAUGAUCUGGAUACAGAUACCCUGACUCAUGAUAAAACUCCAACAGAAUUGGAUGAAACUGUUCAGAACAAAGAUAGUAUCAUUGAUGAUGUCUUACACAGUGAAGAUAACUGUCUGAACACUUUACAAAUUCGUGAGACAAAAAUAUACUCCCAUCUUGAGGAAGGAAAAAGCAUGACGAUCAGUGCAGGAAGUUCUCUUGCCUCACCAAUUCUGGCUCAUGAGGAGUUACCCCUUGAUACAGAAGUGAGAGUGCAUGUGGCUGAAGUGGUGUCUCCUGAAGAAUUUUAUGUUAUUAGAGAAGACAGACUUAAAGAAUUAGAUACUCUUGAAGCUGAAAUUGAUAGCAUCCAGGAUUUCCUAGAAUUCUGCGAAGAUGAGAGGAAGUUCGGCCACCAUUCCAGUGUCAAGAGCUCCGAGUUCAAGCCUUCAUUGGGUGACUGGUGCAUUGCCAAAUUUACAGAUAAUAAGUACUACAGAGGUCAAGUAGCAGGUGGAGAUCCUAAUGGUACGAUGCUCAUCUUCUUCAUUGAUUAUGGAGAGCAGAUUGAGGUCCCUAGCUCGCAGAUUCAUGCUUGUCCUAGUGUAUGGGUGGAAUGUCUGCAAGCCCAGGCCAUUCGGUGCUCUCUGGCUCACCUCUCUAUCCCCCCUUCCCUAAUGCAAGCAGCUGCACAGGCCAUGCUCCACCUGGCAGACAACACAAACUCCUGGACCGUUAAGGCUCUUCAAGUCAAAAAUGAAGACAGACCGCUAUAUGUUGUGGAAAUGAAAGACAGUGCUUCCAAUCCUCAAGUGGAGAUGUAUAAGGAACUUAUACACCAAGGUCUUGCUCUGAUUGACACCACGAUGAUGUCCGUUGAUGGAGAGGAAACUUCUGUGUUUCUGAAUGCUUGUAACAUUGAUAAUAAAGAGAUUGAAGAUUUUUUCCUCGGGCUAUCAGCAGUUCAUCAGGAUAAGAUUAAAAAGGCCAAGAGAGAGAAACCAGAAGUUCAUAUGAAAAGCAAAACAACAGAUAUGGAAACUGAGCAAAAGGAUAAUAUAUUUCCAUAUACUACAAAUAUAAGUGAAGCUGAUCAUUCAUAUGAACCAGUGAAACAAAACAAAACCCAUAAUCCAGUAGAAAGUUCAAAACAAAGUAAAGAUGUCAAUCCUAGUGAUAAAUAUGAGUAUAGUGAAAGUAUUUCUGGAGCUCUUGACCCACUUCCUAACAAAAAGAAGGAAGGAAAACUUUGUUCAAGAAAAGUGAAUCACAAUAGACAAGAUAAAUGGUUAGUUUCAGAAAAGAAUAAAGACUGGAAAUAUAAAGAAAAUAUUCUGGAUGUUAAUGUAGUACAGACGUCAAGAAGAAAUCUAUGUGACAGGAAGCUUAUAAGAGUGCCACCUUUAAGUGCUGUGGAAGGCAUUACCCAAAAGCUCUUCCCCGAGACAUCUUGGAGCCAGAAGAAAGACACAGUUCAUGUCACCAUUCACUUGGUUGGAGUGGAACAGUACCAGUGCUGUGUCAAACCAUCACACCUUAUCUUUAAGUCUACCUUGAGAGAUAAGUUUUAUGUUUUGGAUGAAGAACUAUCCAAUGAAGUAAUUGCUGACUCAAGUGUUGCCAGUAUCCAAGGAAUGCAUGUGUCCAUUACCCUAAAAAAGGCUACUGAAGGGAAAUGGAUGAGUUUGUUUAAGGACAAUAGACAUCGACCCUGGCUGAGAGGAGACUUUGAUAAGCUAUCAUCAGGGAAUUCUUCAGAGACAGAAAAUGAUGAUGAUGAAUGGAGAGAGUAUUUCAUCAACAAAAAGAUUCCUAUGGGAGGCCUACCUGCUGGAAUUAGUGACAGUGAGGAAAUCACUGAUACGGAUGACGCUGAAAACUUUGAUUAAAUUUUUAUUAAGGAGGUGGUAAGGAAGUAUACACAUCUGCACCACAGUGGCUAGCUAUCCAUAAAUACAUUGUUUAGUUUUUGUCUAGGCUUGGGCAGUCACCAAACAACUCCUGAGCUGGUUAUUUCCUGUAAGGAUUGGUUUGUUGAUUUUAAAAUAUGGUUAUAGUAACUCAAAAUGAUUGAGUUGAUCAUGUGCUCUGCAUUAAUAGGUUCAAUUCAGAUAUAACUGUUGUUAUUAUGAUUACUACAUUUUAUAUAUUUUUUUUUUUUUUUUUUUUUUUUUUUUUUUUUCAUACAAUACUGCAUAUAUUCUCAGCAUAUUGAGCCUGAAGUGUUCAUUUAUUUGCACAUUCUCCCGGGAAAAACACCUACAGGUACAGAUGGCUACCCACAUUCUGCUAUAUUAUUAUGGCACAAUUGCAAACAAAAGUGAAGACAAAUUUCAGAAAAGUUCAGUUGGCUGGUGAGAACUGGCAACUGACAACUGGGACAGACACCUCAUAGCUACAUUUCAUUCAACCUCAUAAGAGAUAGAUAGAUAGAUAGACAGAUAUACAUACAUUUGCUAUUUUUUAUUUAUUUUAUUCAAUAUUUAUUUAUUCAUUUAUAUAUUCACACACACACACACACACACACACACACACACA